AUGGCGGCGGCCGAGCAGGCCGAACAGGCCCAGGCCUCGCCGCCGCGCGAGCUCGUCACUGCGCUCGUGUACGUGUCGCUGCUGCUGGACAACAUCCUGCUGUCGGCCGCGGACAACAGGAUCGGCGUGCUGCUUUCCUCCAAGGCGUUCGUCCAGCUGUUGGCCAACGUGGUGGUGGGCACCGUCGUCGGCAGGCUGGGCUUCAGGCUACCGCUCGUGUGCGGCGUCGGCGUGCUGGCCCUCUCUGCCUUCCUGUUCGCCGUGGCAUCCGGCGCCUCAUCUCUACUGGUGGCCAGGGCAGUACACGGCGUGGGGUCGUCCUGCAUAGCCAUAGCAGGUCUGUCGACUGUGGCCGACCUGUACCCGAACGAACGCGAGCGGUCGCGCGUGAUGGGCCGCGUUAUGGGCGCCAUGGCCGUCGGCGUGCUCAUCGGAUACCCGUUUGGCGGACUCAGCUACGACCUGAUGGGCAAGUCGCCGCCGUUCUGGCUGCUGGCCGCCCUGCUGACCGCCAUGUUCGCGGUGCAGUACCGGCGGCUGCGGCCGCUGCCGGCCUGUGAGCGGGACGACGAGGGCCUCACCCCCGCCCUGGUGGCGCCUCCUGGCGGACCGACGCAUCAACAUCGUGGGCCGGCGCCGUCGGUCUCCUCCACCUCCGUCAUGGCUAUCCUGGAGCCCACGCUUCCCGUUUGGCUCAUUAAACACCAUACACCCAAGAAGUGGCAGCUGGGCUCCGUCUUCAUCCCGGACAGUCUGGGCUACCUGAUCGGCACGCACGUGUUCGGCCUCGUCGCGCUGCGGCUCGGCCGCUGGCGGGUGGCCGCCGCCGCCAUGAUGACGGUCGGAGCGGCGGCCCUGCUGCUACCACAGUCGACGCGCAUGGUACACCUCGUGCUGCCGCACUUCUGCAUCGGCCUGGGCAUCGGCAUCGUGGACGCGUCGCUGAUGCCGCUGCUGGCGCGGCUGGUGGAGCGGGGUGGCCUGCAGGCCAGCUACGGCACCGUCUACGCUCUCUCCCAGACGGCCGUCUGCCUGGCCUACUCUUUGUGA